AUGAAGCUCUCCUCUACUAUCCUCCAAGGCAUCACUAUCUUCGCCGCCUUCGCAACGGCGGUCCCUCUGUCUGUCCGCUCACCAGACGAUGGCUCGAUCAGAAUUCCCGUGAAGGGCGUUCCAGAGCCCGAGAAACGGGACGAUGGAGCUAUCAGGAUUCCAGUGAAGGGUGUUCCCGAGCCUGAGAAACGCGAUGACGGUGCGAUCCGCAUUCCGGUGAAAGGUGUCCCUGAGCCCGAGAAGCGGGAUGAUGGAGCCAUCAGGAUCCCAGUGAAAGGUGUUCCCGAACCACCUGUUGAGGAGUAG